AUGGCAUUCAUUGUUCUAAGCUUUCUCUUCAUGAUUCUUGUGUCAUCAGCAUCUGCUUGCGGUCGUUGUGUGCAUAAAUCUAACGCUACUUACACCUCCCUAAUUUCAUCUGGAUCUUGUGGAUAUGAUCCUUUGGCCUUGGGUUUUAAUGGAGGGCUGCUAGCUGGUGCCCUGCCUUCCCUUUUUAAACAAGGUGCUGGUUGUGGUGCUUGCUUCGAGAUCAGCAGCAAGCCCUACUACUUGGCCUUUACGGUAUUAUAUCAAGGUGGCCAAACAGAGAUCAUUGGGAUGGAUGUGGCCAAGGUGGGCUCAAACAAUUGGGCUUCCAUGAAGAGAAACUAUGGGGCAGUAUGGGAUACAAAUAAGGUGCCAACAGGCCCACUGAAGUUGAGGUUUUUGAUAAAAUCAGGAUAUGUGUUGACCCAAAAAGUCUUGCCGCCGGUCUGGAGAUCCGGAUCCAUUUAUGAUUCUGGUAUCCAAAUCAAUGACAUAGCUCAUGAGAAAUGCUAUAAUUGUGAUCAAACUACUUGGUAA